GAUGCUGAUAGUCUGACGUCUAAUCUAGUGGACGGGACGAUUCUUCAACAACAACUAAAUCUGGUCAACCAUCUCGGUACCUUGCUAGCCAACAUACCCGAAAUAUUGGAGCUCUUUAGACGCUUUCGAUGAUUAUUAGCCACUGUGUUUGAAACAUUUCCGUCUUAUCUACUAGUUGCCCCAUUUAAUUGCGAUUGUUGUUGUUAGUCAGCUAAUUUAACUGUUGGAUUAAAGAAGAACUAGGCUAGUCGCUAGCUAACUAACAUCAUCGACCAUGAGCUCACUAAUGUACUACCCCCCUGCUAAAGAAGAGGUCUGUUGGACGGAGAAAGAAACUAUCGUGAAAGUGGAGAACGAAGAAGAAGCCGUCACCGUAAAAAAAGAGGUAGAGAGUGAGUCCGUUACAGUGAAAGAAGAAGAGAAAGGAGUUGCAGUGAAAGAAGAGGACGAAGCUUUCCGAGUGAAAGAGGAGGACGUUAAUGUGAAAGAAGACAAAGGGGAAAAGAAAAAUGAGGAUGCCGUUUUUGGAGUUAAAGAGGAAGAGAAUGAUAUGCCUGUCGCAGUGAAGGAAGAGGAAUACGUUUUUGGAGUGAAUGAGGGGGAGAUUACUGUCACAUUGGAGGAGGAGACUGGCGAUCUGAUUAGCACCAGGGAGAGACCAGGCUCUUACUCUGAAAGUGGGACGAGUCCCUCAGAGGAACCAGACCCAGAGACGUCCAAACCAGCAAGACCACAUCACUGCUUUCAGUGUGGAAAGAGAUUUAUCCAGUUAGGGCACCUGAAAGAACAUAAGAGAAUGCACACAGGGGAGAAGCCUUACCACUGCUCCCAAUGUGAAAAGAGAUUUUCCUCAUCAAGGUCCCUGAAAUCACACGAGAGAACGCACUCAGGAGAGAAGCCUUUCCAAUGCUCCCAGUGUGGAAAGAGUUUUACCCGGUUAGGGAGCCUGAAAAAACAUGAGAGAAUACACACAGGAGAGAAGCCCUAUCAAUGUGCUGAGUGUGUAAAGAGUUUUAGCUGGUUAGAGCAUCUAGAAGAACAUAAAAGAAUACACUCAUGUGAAAAGCCCUACCAAUGCUCCCAAUGUGGAAAUAGUUUUACCCGGUUAGGGCAUCUGGAAGAACAUAAAAGAAUACACUCAGGAGAGAAACCCUACCAGUGCUCCCAGUGUGGCAAGAGUUUUACCCGGUUAGGGAGCCUGAAAAAACACGAGAGAAUACACUCAGGAGAGAAGCCCUACCAAUGCUCCCAGUGUGGAAAGAGUUUUACCCAGUUAGGGAACCUAAAAGAUCAUAAGAGAAUACACACAGGAGAGAAGCCUUUCCAUUGCUCUCAGUGUGGAAAGGGUUUUACCCAAGCAGGGUACCUGAAGUCACAUAAGAGGACACACACAGGAGAAAAGCCUUACCAUUGUCCCCAGUGUGGAAAUCACUUCUCCACAUCAAGUAACCUGAAAAAACAUGAACGGAUACACUCAGUAGAGAAGCCAUUCCACUGUUUUCAUUGUGAAAAGAGUUUUAAGAAGUUAGGGAAACUGAAACAACAUGAGCAAAGACACACAAGCGAGAAACCUAUUUCAACUGCUCCUCCUGUGGAGCAACUGCAAUCACAUAAAAUAAUCCACACUAGAGAGAAAAUGUAUCAAUGCUCCCAGUAG